AUGUCAACUGCUAACCACUUCCAGAAAUACGUAAAGCAUGCUCAUCGGGAGGAUGCCACUGGGGAAAGCAUCCCCACCGUGGGGAUUAAUGCCAGCCCAAUUCCUGUGCAUGGCAUGAAAGUAGACUCUCAGUUUAAAACACUGAUUGAGCACCUGUACAGCCUCAAGUUCAAGCUGGAAAAGGAGAAAAAAAUACACAAUAGGAAAAAGAAAGGUCUACCAAAGGAGGAAGGGGUACACCAGGAAGAUAAAACAAACGCGAAAGACGCACCAAACAGGAUCCAAAUCGAAGGUGAAAAUGUACAGAAGAGGGAGGAACCAACCAAUAGGGCAUUAAUGAGGAGGGACGACGACCUUGGCGCAGAUGACCCAGAAGGGGAAAGUUCGUGCCCUAUUCCGCAGCUAAUCGAGACCAUCGAAAUUUACAAACACAGAAAUGCAGAAGAGCAACGCGAAAAAGUCCACCUGAUUGAGAAAUACGAACGUUUCCUGAGGAAAAUCAGAAAAAGGCACAUCCACCAAAUUGGACAAAUUAAAAAUAACGUCCUCCUCGAUGUUGAUUUUUUAAUUCAAAAGUACAGAAAUGUGUCUCUUGAACUACUGCAAAUUGGUCGGAAGAAGGAGAAGGAGAAAAAGGAGGAGAACAGGAAAAUGACCGAAAUGUGCAUAGCCGCUUGCAGGAGGUUUGAAGCGGAUGUGAAGGAGAGAGCGAAGACAGCCAUGCAGGAGCACCAGACCGAAGUGGCCAAAAUCAUCGGUGAUGCUAAGAAGGAGAACGCAGCAUUGAAGAAAAAAAUGUACCCCUUUAAGCGCAGUGGAGCAUACCCAUGA